AUUUAAAAUUCCCGAAAUGUUCAAAAUCAAUUAUACAUUCCUUGGUGAGCAUGAUGGUAUAUGGCUCACGUUUUCGUAAUCGAUCUUAUUAGGUACAAUCACGUGCUUUAGAAUUAUUCAAUUCUAUAAAUGUGACCAUCCAGAUCGAUAAUUUUGAAUUAAACCAUGCCAAGUUGAUAAUCAUGAACAAAGAGUUGCAACACGCUCUUGAGGACGAAUUAAAAAAUUGGGAAUCACACAAGCGCUGAUAUUUUAAUUAUCAGUGGAAAAAAAAAACCAAAACCUCCGUGUGCAAAAUUGAUAUAAACUUAUGGUCCUAGUUAUUCGGUCAGUUGAGGACAAGUAGGCAAUCGCUAUGCGUUUAAUUUUAUUGUUCUCGAUUUCCUCGCUGCUGCUUGCGUGGGCUGCAGCCAGCGAGCCCUCGGUGAAGGAUUAUGAGAGACUGAGAGAGCUGGGACAAAAUCCGAGGAAUGGCCCAAAUCUGCUCGGCCGCACAAACCUUUUCCAUAAAACCCGGCAUGCUCAAAAGAAAACCGGCAGUUCCGCGCGUGCUGUGGAAGAUUAUCUCUUGCCUAGUGAUGUGGAACCUGUGUCUUAUGAAGUGCAGCUGAUCCCCUACUUGCAAAACUCGCCAGUUCCUGGAGCCGAGUUCACCUUCGAUGGAAGGGUUGAUAUUAAAAUUUUGGCUGACAGACCAACGUCCACCGUUGUCCUGCACGCUGAGCAACUCAAUAUCCUCAAUAUUGGAGUUACUCAGGAUACAACUGGAUUGGUUGUGCCUGUGAUUGAUUGGAAUUUGGUCACUGACGACAGGCACUUUUUAACCAUCAACUUGGCAGAAUCUCUGCUCAGUGGACAAGAAUACCAUCUCAAUAUCAAUUUUACUGGAAUCCUGAACAGCGAGGGUUAUGGCUUCUUCAGGAGCCGCACCACCGAUGAAAAUGGAAACACUGGCUGGGUGGCAACAACGCAAUUCGAGUCUGUCGGCGCGAGAAGAUCUUUCCCCUGCUUUGAUGAGCCAGCUUCGAAAGCUACCUUCACGAUUAUUUUGGCCCAAGAACCUGGUUACACCGCUGUAGCAAAUAUGCCACUGGAAUCUACAUACACAAGUCCCGAACUGCCAGCUGGAUGGACCUUUGCCAAAUUCCUUCCCUCCCCGAGAAUGUCCAGCUAUCUUGUGGCUUUCACUACUUCUAAUUAUGCAAGGCUGGAAAGUACAAAAGACAGCAGGUUCGCCGUGUGGGCUUUGAGCAAAGAUGUACAAAAAGGCGAAUAUGCAAAUGAUAUCGCGCCUGACCACUUCAACUAUUAUCAGACGUACACAAACACAGAUUAUGGAAUGCCCAAAGUCGACCAGCUCGCCUACCAAGAUUUCUUUUCUGGGGCCAUGGAAAACUGGGGUCACAUCUCCUAUGUUGAGGAUCUUUUGCUGUGGGAUCCUGCUACUGGUUCUCAAGCAAGCAAGCAGUUGGCCACCCAGGUCAUUUCUCACGAGUUGACGCAUCAGUGGUUUGGAGACAUUGUGAGCCCUCUUUGGUGGAGCGACCUCUGGCUCAAUGAGGGAUUCGCGACCUACUUUGAAUUUUAUGCGACAGGCGAACUUAACCCUGACUGGCUUAUGGAUCAGCAGUUCCAAACAGACAACACUUUCGACGCCUUUGACGUUGACGCAUUCGCGUUUUUCAGUCACCCGGUGCACGCCGAUGUGGACAGUCCUGCCUCCAUUGACGGAAUUUUCGACACCAUGUCCUACAACAAAGGCGGCUGUUUGGUCAAAUUUAUGCUCAACCUGUUGGGUCCGACCAAUUUCAGAAGUGGAAUCAUUGAUUACAUGACAAAAAUGGCUUACGGCGCUGCUCACCAAAACGACCUUUUUGCCUCUCUGGAGCCGCACGUGCCCGCAGGAAUUCUGCCCGAUGGAGUGACCCUGGCGCAAGUCAUGGACACCUUCACCCUUCAGGAGGGCGUCCCUGCCGUCACUGUGAUUAGAGAUUACGCGACAGGAACUGCUCAGGUCUCUCAGACGAGAUUUUCGGUCAGCACCAGUGAGCAAUGGCUCAUCCCUCUGACCCUGACCACCCAGAGCGAAUUGAACUUUGCAAAUCAAGUCCCAAAGAGUUGGCUCCUCACGGCUGAAAGCUCGAUUGGGUCUGCUGAGGGAAUUCCCGCGGAUAACGAAUGGAUCAUCGUCAACAUCCAACAGACAGGUUACUACCGAGUUAACUACGAUCAGACCAACUGGGAUCUACUCUUCGCUUAUCUAAAUGAUAUUGCGACUGCGGAUUUGAUCGACCCACUUAACAGAGCUCAAAUUUUGGACGACUCGCUCGCCUUUGGAAUUACAAAGCAGCUCAACUACAAAACAGCCCUCUCCAGCACCCUCUACCUCCGUCACGAGAAGGAGUAUGGCCCCUGGGCAGCAGCCCUGAGGCGCUUGGAGUUCAUUAGAGACAGAAUGUACCAAACACCCGAGACAGCCAGCUUGUUCAAUAAGUACCUGAGCACCCGUCUGGAUAAUGUCUUCCAACAUGUGUCCGGACUGAGUGUCGACAGCGCUGAGAGCCAUGCUACCAGCAUCACCCGCAACCUGAUUUCCAAGUGGGCCUGCAACACCGGUUUGGAAUCGUGCAACCAACAAGGCCAGGCCCUUUUGAAGCAGUGGCAGUCCACAGUUCAGCCCCACGUCAACAAUCCCCUGAAGGAGGACAUAAAGAGCGUUGCUUAUUGUGCUGGUAUGCGUUUCGGAAACCUCGAGGACUUCAACUUCCUCAUGUCGCAGUACGCAAGUGCAAAGAGUGCCAGCGAGCAGACUAAACUUCUCGGAGCUCUUGGAUGCGCAACUGAUGCUUCCAUCCUCCAAAGGUACUUGGAGGAAACAAUUCGUCAACCUGCCUCCGUCAUCAGAGCUGGAGACGCUUUGAGCGUCUUCUUCUCCGUGUACAGCAACCCAAUUGGUACAGAACUGGCCCUGGACUUCCUCAUCGAAAACUACUCAGAGCUGAAAAAUAUCAUGAACGUGGGCUUGGCACUCGCUGGAAUUUCUGAGAAGCUCAACACUCAAUCUCAUUACGAGAAGAUCGUUGUGUUCAUGCAAGACCACAUGGAGGAGCUUUCCCUGGAGGACAAGGCGUUCUUUGCCAGUGCCCUGACAAACCUCUCCAAGAUCCUCGACUGGAACGCUGAUCAUCUGGCUGAAGUGAUGCUGUUUUUUGUUGAAAAUCAGCCUUGAUGGGAAAUAAAAAUGAAGCUUGCAAUGCG